AUGGCUGCUUCCUUCUUUAAACUCCUCGUCGCUUCUCCCGAAAUCAACCCUAGCACACGCAAAGCCAAGUCGAUUCCGGUGUUGAACCCAUUUGAUCAAUAUGGACGCGUCUUCUUCUUCUCAUGGAUGGGUUUCAUGGUCGCAUUCCUGUCGUGGUAUGCGUUUCCGCCACUGUUGACGGACACUAUCAAAAAAGACCUCAAUAUGACUACGACACAGGUGUCAAAUUCAAACGUUGUAGCAUUGCUAGCGACCCUGCUUGUCCGUGUUAUUGCAGGCCCACUCUGCGACCGUUUUGGUCCACGCUUAGUAUUUGUGGGACUACUAUUAGCCGGAGCCAUUCCAACCGCCAUGGCCGGUCUAGUCACCACUCCAAAUGGUCUAAUUGCGUUACGAUUCUUCAUCGGCAUUCUCGGUGGUACAUUCGUCCCAUGCCAAGUAUGGUGCACCGGAUUCUUCGACAAGACCAUCGUUGGCACGGCCAACUCUCUCGCUGGAGGAUGGGGAAAUGCCGGUGGUGGUAUCACCUAUUUCCUCAUGCCAGCCAUUUUUGACUCCCUCGUCACUUCGCAAGGUCUACCAGCUCAUAAAGCAUGGCGUGUCGCCUAUAUCGUCCCAUUCAUCAUCAUCACAGCCGUCGCGCUGGGGAUGUUAUUUCUUUGCGAAGACACCCCAACAGGCAAAUGGUCGGAACGUCAUCUCUGGGCCAAAGAAUCAAAUGGAAACACCCACUUAACAGACGGCAAAAUUGUCGACCUAAGCUCUGGGACUACUUCAGUCGGCCCCUCCGGCCCCCCUUCCAUCUACAACAGUACCAUGACAAUCGAUAUGGAGAAGAAAGGUGGCACUCAAUCUCUUACUCAAUCCUCCGACAAAGACGCCUCACCGGUGGGCCAAAUAGCUAGCUUCAAACAAGACAUCGUCGUCGCUCCCACCCGCCGAGAAGCUCUAAGCGUCGCGUUCAGCCUCCCAACAAUUGCCGUCGCAAUUCCAUACGCAUGCUCUUUCGGCGCAGAGCUAGCUCUGGAUAGUUUCCUGGGUACUUAUUACGCAGCGAACUUCCCGGGAAUGGGACAGACAGAGUCAGGCCGGUGGGCCGCUAUGUUUGGGCUAUUGAAUAUUGUCUUCCGUCCCGCUGGCGGUUUCAUGGCGGAUAUGGUUUUCAGUGCUACUGGUAGUCUUUGGUCCAAGAAACUUCUUAUAGUCUUUUUGGGUGUUGUCAUGGGUGCAUUCUUGCUGGCUAUUGGGUUGACGAAUCCGUCUGAUGAGGCCACUAUGUUUGGUCUUAUUGCCGGUAUGGCUUUCUUUUUGGAGGCGGCUAAUGGGGCAAACUUUGGCCUUGUUCCUCAUGUGCAUCCUUAUGCUAAUGGUAUCGUGUCUGGCCUUGUUGGCGGAUUUGGAAAUCUUGGUGGAAUUAUCUUUGCGAUUAUCUUCCGAUACAAUGAAACGCAUUAUGGUCGGUCGAUCUGGAUUAUGGGCGUGAUUGCUUUGGUGGGGAAUGUGGCUGUGAGCUGGAUUCGUCCGGUCACCAAGGCUCCCGUGAUUCAAUGA